UUGCUUGUAAACCCGGGCUAUCUUUUGCCCUUCAGCUAGGGUUAACCCUUCUUGUAAACGGGCGCUAAAAAACGAUUGAGUGACGAGACUAAAAACAAUGCCCCCUAAGAAGGCAAUUUGUGUUUACCACAUUUAUUUACAGUACUGUAGUCAUUCUAGUGUUUAAUCAGAUUCUUUUUAGUACAGGCCUAUUGUCCCCAAAGUUCGCAAAUACCUGUAUUUGAGGGAAAAUUUGAGUCAGUAUUACUAGCUAGCCGAGCUUGCUUCUGGCCCGGACUGAGACACGUAAACUUUUUUAAAACAGAGAGCGCUUGAUGUUCAAACUUGGAAGGCCCUUGUGAAAGUCCUUUUAAAAGCUGUCGAGUAAUUUUACCUACUUUGCGUGAUAACGUACACUUGUUUUACUCAUAUUUCUUUUUAUGUCACAAAUUUUUCUACCCGUGAUGCUUUGGCCGCCCGAGGUACAAGACAAUUUUCAUUUCAUGAAACACAAAUCAUCUGUUAAAGGUGGGAAUUGCCGCUGAACUAUCCUGGUCGGCAGGAAACAACAGCUCUGACCGCACGAGGAAAAAUUAUGUAUGAAAAGUUCCAAAACUUGCCAGAACAGUGAUCGUAAAAUGGUGCAGACAGAACGCAGCACGUUGUAUUGUCAUUUUCGUUAAGCUGAAAACAUGCGGAUCUACCGCUUGCUCAAAGCGACGUUUGCCUCGCGCGCCCCUCUGCACUCACAUGGAGGCUCGCGCGGUUUAUCGUCGAUCGGUUUCCUUUCAAGGCUGUUUGGAGCAUCUCCUAGUGAGCCAAGACCAAAGAAAGAUCCAAGCUAUCAAACGGUACACGGUGUUGAACUUCAAGACGAUUUUCACUGGCUGAAAAAACGUGGAUCAAAGGCUGUUCGAAAAUAUAUAAAACAAGAAAACAGAUAUGCUGAUGCUGUAUUGGCCGACACGGAAGUCUUCCAAGAGAAACUGGUAAAGGAAAUGAAUGAAAUUAUAGAGAAGCACUUUGACAAUGAGUCAGUACCAGAAGAACUAGAUGGUUAUGUGUAUCAUCUGAGCAAUCCACCGAAAAACUUCUAUCUUCCUGUGUAUCGUAGAAGAAAAAUAUUAGAAGAUGGUUCCUAUGGUGAUCCAGAAACAAUUCUCGAUGAAAAUGAGUUACUUGAGAGAUACUCUCAUGUGGACAUAACAAAGAUUAAAAUGUCUCCCUCAGGAAAGUAUAUUGGUUUCUUGCUCGACAAAAGUGGUGAGGGAACUCACAGCUUAUAUAUUACAGAAGCACAUGAAGGAAUAAUCAACUUUAUUGAUGCCAUACCUAAAGUUGUCAAUUUUGAAUGGGGAAGUGAUGACCUCUCCCUGUACUAUACCAGGGCGGAUGAUAACAAUCGACCAUAUACUGUUUUGUGGCACAAAACUUGUCAGAGCAUUCUGUCAGAUGUUGUCUUGUAUGAAGAGGAAGAUGAAAGAUACAUUGUUGAUGUGAGUGUUACUAAAGACAGGAAGUUCAUUACAAUCAACUGUAACUCAAGAUCAACCUCUGAAGUUAGCAUUGUCGACAUCAGGGAUGGGUCCUUUAUUUCCCAGCCAUUACAUCCCAGGCAGCAGGGAAUGGAAUACUAUGUUGACCAUAGGGAUGACCGGUUUUACAUCAUUACAAAUGCUGAUGAUAAAAACUACAGAGUGAUGACUGCACCGAAGAGCAAUCCAGGGAAAGAAAACUGGGAAACAUUUGUUACAGACAAAACUGAGAUUUUCUUGGAUGACAUGGAUGUAUUUCAGAACUACUGUGUGGUAUAUGAGAGACAACGAACUGUUCCUCAACUUCGUAUUGUACCUUUUGACAAGCCUGAAGAUCAGUAUAUAGUGCAGCUUCCGAAAGACAUCUGUGUUUUAGAAGCAGCAUCCAAUCUGAUGUAUGAUCACCACAGAGUGCGUUUAUCGGUGUCCUCACCAAUUCUUCCUGCUUGUGUCUUGGAAUACAACAUGGAGACCAAGUCAAUGGUUGAAAAACAUAGCUUCUCUGAUUUGCCAUCUAUUGACAGUUCAGACUUUUGCUGCACCAGACAUGAAAUACAAAGUAAGGAUGGAACUCAUAUUCCGGUCACCUUAUUUCAUCAUAAAGAUCUCAAAAAGGAUGGAAACAAUCCCUUGUUGCUGCAUGUUUAUGGGUCCUAUGGUAUCAAUGUAAGCAUGGGUUUUGAUGUGGAAAGGAUCAGCUUGUUAAAGCGUGGUUGGUGUCUGGCUUUCUGCCAUGUCAGAGGUGGUGGUGAACUUGGUCGUCAGUGGUACCUAGAAGGAAAAUUACAGAGUAAACACAAGAGCUUUGAGGAUUUUGAAGCUUGUACGCAAGCACUUCAUCGUAUGGGAUACUCCCAUCCCCAGUUAACAGCAGCACGUGGAACAAGUGCUGGGGGAUUGAUAGUGGGUGCGGUCUGUAACAGGUCACCAGGGCUCUUCAAGGCUGCUAUUCUCCGGGUUCCAUUUUUAGAUAUUUUGACGUCCAUGUUGGAUCCUUCUCUUCCACUGACUAUUCAGGAAUAUGAGGAGUGGGGUGAACCUGGAUCCAAUGAAAGUGAUUUUCAUUACAUUAGAUCAUACUGUCCAUAUCAAAACAUCAAAAAUCAGCCUUACCCUUCUGUGAUGGUCACAUCUGCAAUGAAUGAUGACCGUGUGCCAUACUGGCUGCCCAUUAAGUGGGUUGCUCAUCUCAGAGAUCAGUUGUCUGGCCAGGAGCAGAGUGACAAACCACUGAUUGUGUGUCAUGUUGAUUAUUAUGGACGGCACUCGGAAACAGAAGGAACAUACCGAAGGAUUGAAAAGGCAGCAAAGGAAUAUGCCUUCCUACACAAAGCACUAGGACUGCCACUGGAGUGAAAGUGAAACAGCAAACAGAGGAAAUUAACAUCAAGGGCUGAUAUAAGUUCAGCACUCAGUACACAAGAACAGAACAGUGUCGAGUCAAAAGAAAAGGACACAAAGUGAUGAGUUCGAACAAUAUGGGAUACCAAUUCAAAAAGGCUGGACGAUUACGUCAGGCACAGAAGAAAUAUUAAAGAAAGACAAUCUUGAU